UUGAGCUCUUACCGAAUACCAGAACUCCCUGACUUCUGUAGAAAGACGUUUUGAGAUUAAAAGGAGAAUGUGAAGGAAAAUGAAAUGUGAAGAUGAGAAGCAGGGAGACUCCAACCGUCAUGUUAAGGUAAAGCAGAAAAGUGCAGUGCUGAACAUGCUAAAGAAGUUGGACAAAAUAAGGUUCAGAGGUCACAAGAGAGAUGAGUUCCUUGAUUUAGCAGAGUCUCCAAAUGCUUCUGACACUGAAUGUGGAGAUGAAAUCCCAGUGAAAAUACCUCGAACAUCACCCCGAGACAAUGAAGAGCUGAGAGACCCUGCUGGUCCAGGGACCAUCAUCAUGGCUUCAGGAGUCCAGGAUUUUAACCGAACGGAGUCUGACAGACUGAAUGAAAUCAAAGGUCACCUGGAAAUAGCCUUACUGGAAAAACACUUUUUGCAGGAGGAACUCAGGAAGCUGAGAGAAGAAACGAAUGCUGAAACAUUAAGGCAAGAACUAGAAAAGGAACGACAGAGGAGGCUAGAACUGGAACAAAAAGUCAAUGAAGUGCUUAAAGCAAGAGCUGAGGAGGUAUCUGCAGCUCAACAACCUGCAAAGCCACAGACACAGGCCAAUGGAGCAGAUAAAUGUAGUCACACUGUAUGUUCAAGACUCCAGAAGUGGUUUUGUGACAAAUUUGGGGAGUAUGUUGAGGACUUCAGAUUUCAACCAGAGGAGAACACAGUGGAAACAGAGGAGCCACUUAGUGCUAGAAGGUUGACUGAAAAUAUGAGAAGAUUAAAGAGAGGUGCCAAACCUGUUACUAAUUUUGUGAAGAACCUUUCUGCCUUAUCAGACUGGUAUUCUAUCUACACUUCUGCUAUUGCCUUUAUUAUUUACAUGAAUGCUGUAUGGCAUGGCUGGGCCAUUCCUAUGUUCUUAUUUUUAGCAAUUUUGAGGUUGUCCCUAAAUUACCUCAUAGCCAGGGGUUGGAGAAUACAGUGGAGUAUUGUGCCUGAAGUUUCUGAACCUGUGGAACCUCCAAAAGAGGAUCUGACGGUGUCUGAAAAGUUUCAGCUUGUUCUAGAUGUGGCUCAGAAGGCGCAGAAUCUUUUUGGGAAGAUGGCAGACAUACUGGAAAAAAUUAAAAACUUGUUCAUGUGGGUCCAACCAGAAAUAACACAGAAGCUCUACAUCGUUCUAUGGGCAGCUUUUAUUGCAUCCUGCUUUUUGCCCUACAGGAUUAUUGGACUUGCAAUGGGACUCUAUGCUGGAAUCAAGUUUUUCCUUAUUGAUUUCAUCUUCAAACGAUGCCCCAGACUAAGAGCUAAGUAUGAUACUCCUUAUAUCAUCUGGACAAGUCUCCCAACAGAUCCUCAACUCAAAGAAAGAUCUAACGCUACAGUGUCGAGACGAGCAUCGUUGUAUUACGGUUACCCUAAAAGCUGGAUGCUUCAAACAGCAGCAUCCAGAAGUUACGUGGGCUCAAGUGCCCCAACUGGAAUAAACAAAGAUGAAGACACGAGUCGCUUCCAUACCACUAAGAGGGGGAAUUUCCAUGAAGUUUUUAACCUGUCAGAAAAUGAGCGUCCUUUGGCAGUGUGUGAAAAUGGCUGGCGUUGUUGCUUGAUCAAUAGAGAUAGGAAGAUGCCUACAGACUACAUCAGAAAUGGAAUUCUUUACGUCACGGAAAAUUACUUGUGCUUUGAAAGUUCCAAAUCAGGCUCAUCUAAAAGAAAUAAAGUUAUAAAGCUAACGGAUAUAACAGAUAUUCAGAAGUAUAAAGUGCUCUCUGUUCUCCCGGGAUCAGGGAUGGGUAUUGCCGUAUCAACACCAUCUACACAAAAACCUUUGGUGUUUGGUGCUAUGGUACACAGAGAUGAAGCUUUUGAGACGAUUUUCAACCAGUAUGUGAAAAUAACCUCUGCAUCAUCGAACAGUGAGAGCUAGUAUCUUAUCUUAGAAAACAUAAAGGAAACUUUCUUAUUUUGCAAUUUGGUAGUGAAAAAAAAAUAAUGAACAUCCUCAUCUAUUUUGCAAUAAUUUUUCUUGUCUGGUGGUUUAUAUUCUAUCUGUUACAUAAAUCAAGUGUAUUUUAUAUAUGCCUUCAUGUUUGUUUUUAAGGUUUUUGUAAAAAAAAAAAAAAAAAAUUGUAAAAAACCCACAAAAAAAAAAACCAACAACAAAAUGAAGCAAAACAGUGGAAGUGCUAUCAUCACUAUUAGCCUUGUACAUUAAGCACUUUUAAUGUUUAUUUACUGACAUGAGUAGCUCAAAAGACACUAGAAGAAGCGACUGAGUAAUGGACUGAAACAGACUGAUCCCUUUUAACUGCACUUAUAUCACUGGGGAUACGUUGGACCCAUUAUCUCAGUUAUUUUUUCCCCAAGAUGUGAGAACGACAACUGCAAUAUCCUGAAGUCUGUUUCUUCAGCUUUAAGUUUUAAAUUGGGUUCUAUAUUAAAACUGGUGGCCAACACCAAGGAAGUAUUAUCAUCUUAGUAUUUCCAUAUUUGUAACUGCACUUAACAUAACUCCUCCUUGCUAAAUCUUGCAUCGAAGAAGGUUGUUUACCAGUUGGGUCAGUUUUUUCUGCUUACAGAGAUUUAAAUUGUUUGUACAGUGAAUUGGAGGAAAACAUUUCUAGCUAUAUCUUCCUUUCCUGAUUAACCAAAGCAAGAGGAAGGAAGGCAGGCAGAUACUUUUUAUAAAAGAGGGCAUCAAAACGUUGUUCCUAAAAUGUUAGGCAUCAUAUAUUUGUAUUUCUGUAGAUAGUUGUCAUAGAAGGGCUCAACUGUUGUACAUGUUGUAUGUACAAGGUGUUUGUAUGUUACUGCAUAAAAGACUUGUGGGCUUUUUGUGUUGGGGAGCUGGGAGUGGUUAAACUAACCUGCAACAUGGCUGGUUUUUAAUUUGGCUUUUCUCUGGAGUUACCUUAUAAUAACACUAUGAGACAGCGAGUGAAAGCACUAUUUCCUUCUCACAACAUCAUUUGAGGGGCAUUGCACUGUCACUGUUUCCACUUGUAAAAUUAAAUUUCAGUAACAGUUAAACCCAAUUGCCAGGUAAAACAGGAAGGCUGUGCUCCUCUAAACUCUCUCAGGCCUUUCUGGCAGCAAAGCACAUAUUGAUCUUCAACUUUAAUACAGAAAGCUUUUUUAUUCUAUACAAUAGCACCCAUCUGAGAGGUUUAGAAUUCAAUUUGCAUUUUUCCUGAAGCACAGUAGGAGUUACACUGAGCCUUCCAGUUUGUCUGUUCCUUCUCUGUGUCUUUUGAGUUGAGUAGUGCAAUGUCUCCAGGUGUUAUAUGGAGGACCCCAGAAAAGUAGUGGAAAUGCAAAUUCUUAUAUAAAAAAUAGGACUUAGUUUCACAGAUUUUUUUUUAACAGGGAUUUUUCUUUCUUUAUAUGGGGAAAAAGAUAGAAUGAAGGAGUGGCAGAGCCAAACACCAAAGCAUCUUUAACACUUAGCACAGUUUUUACUUAAAGUAACUAAAUGCAGCAGUACUGAAGGAGGCAGUUAAACUGUACGAAACUAUUUCAGUCUGGCUGUGAAGAGGUAUGAUGCAAAGAACUUAAAGUGCACCUGAUAUGAAGAAAUACUGUCGAAUACUGUGAUUUGGUUGGGUGUUGUGAAGUAAAACACUGACUGUGGUACAGCACCAUGCCCUGGAUGGAACUGUGAACAGGAGCAGGAGAGAAUCCAUAAGGGCUGGGAUGUCAUUUUGGAGAUCUCUUGACCUUUGCAACCAGGAAAAGGGGUGCAUUUCUAAUGCUGCCCAUGUGUGUGCAUCAGGACCUGAAAACUUAACACGUAAGUGAGGCUGGGUGGGCUUUCCUUUUUACCACCAUCUAACAUGGAUGUAGCUUGGCAGUUUAUGGUUUCUUCGCUUGACAUACUCAGGUUUUAUGUUUAAAUUCCUUGAACUUAAUUUUCUUCUUCAGACCUGCUUCAAAAUCAAUUAAUCUUUUUGCAAUUGUUUUGUAUUAUCAUCUGAUUUUCCUUCCUAGAAGCUUCCCUGAGUAGUGAGUGUGGCUAAUAGGCAUUAAAAUCGCUUAAUGUUAUACAAAUCUUAACCAGAUUCAUCCAUUUUGUCUUAAGGAAGAAAUCCCUUGGGUAUGUUUAAAGGUAUUGGUUUUGGGGCUUUUUUUUUUGAAGAAACAGAAAACUAUAUUUUUUACAGAGAGCCUGCUCUUUUUCUUAUUUUUGUAUCAUUUUUUCAAGUGUAAUUUAUACCUUCACUCUGAUCAUAACAGCAGUUUCAGUAGGAAAUCAGUUGACUGACACUUGUUACUUCCCCCACACCUCCAUCACUGGUUGACCCUGGCUUAUGGGGCUGUCCUGGAUUCUGGUUCCUGAAGGAGCUGUAGGUCCUGUGCUUGUGGUGCCAGGGUGGUUCACUAUACCUAGGCUUCAGAGCAGGAGAAAAGAGGUCACGAUCCUUUCUCCCAGCCUGAAAUGCCUCGUGUACAAUAUACUCUUAAUUUUAUUUUCUUUCUGGACAAAGAAAUUAAAAACUUUUUACAAAAUCUAAUGUGUUGGCAUUCAGAAUCAAUGCACGCUUUAACAGUGUGAAUUUGAAAAUGAGCAAUUCCUUGAGCAGUAAACCUAGGGCAAACUGCAAUGCAACACCAUUUCAUUCGAACGUGUAGAAACCAGACUGGAUUUUUUGGGGGGAGCUGUAAUAUAACAGACAGACGUCUAUGUACAUAUUUUGCAAAGCUCACUUUACAUUAGGUUGUCCAGGUUCCUGCUGUGUAGCUGCUCUGUGCGUUACAGAACAUCACUGCUGCUCCAAGGUGCCCUCAGUGUGUUUACUGACGAGUCCUGUGCUCGUUCCUCUGCUGCAUCCCCGAGUGCUCGGAGGGCAGCAGGGGUGGGACAGUGAGGAAGUGUAUACUUGAUUUGUACGAUUACACUCAAGUUAACCUUCGAUUCCAAUUGACCUACGUAACUUUGCAGUGUAACCUGCUUUGCUUCAUUAGCAGGCUGGGUAGUACCACUUAAUGUAGAGUGUUACUUUCUAAUAGCAGAAAGUGAUGUUCUUGUCAUUCUGUUUGCUGUUUAUAUUUGCAGUUAUGUUGAUGUAUGCGGUUCGCUGCUGUUGGAUUUAACUUCUUUUAAUAGAAGUGCAUUGGUUAGUUUGAGUCCCUUUUACAGGAAGAAAAAAAGGGAGAUGAAAACUGACUACUUCAGUUUCUUAUUGGUGACCAUUUAAAUUCAGAAGGAAAAAAAAAAGCUGAAAUAUGAAAUCAUGCCUUUCCAUACACUGUAGCUUUUGUGAGGCAAGAUUGAAUGAAACAAGCUGUUUCUAAGUAGCAGCAUCAAACGGAAGCCAGCAGCAAAACCCCACUGUUGUUCCUGCAGACAAAGAAGAACAAGAUUUCACCCAAUCUUGAAGAGAUGACAGGAUGUACUUUUUUUUUUGGCUACUUAAACUUGUAUGAAGAACACUGGUAGUUUUUAUUGAAUUCUGUACAUUUUGGCAGAUGUUUAAUUUCUACUACUGAUCAUUGAAAUAUAAUGGAUGUUAAAAUUUUUAUGUCUGAAGUUUGAGUCUAUAUUUUGAAGUUGUAAAUAACUCAUUAUCAGUGUAACUUUUGUUUGACAAAAGACUUAUACUGUAUGAAAAAUUGAGAUAAUGAAAUGAUUUGCCCUGUACAUUUUUUAAGGAA